GUGUCGAGGCUGAGUCACCCCGGCUGGCCGUGCCCCUCAGAGCCCGGGCCGUGGCCACCGCCCCCGAGAAGGAAGGGUGGGUGCCCGCUAUGCUGGAGGAGCUCGAGCCUCCUGGGAACUCAGGAACCCCAUUUUUGAGGCCCGCCCAUGGCCCCGCCCCUCCCCAGGAGGGAAAAGGGAGCCGCCAGCCGCUCAGCUCACAGGCACUGGGAGGACCAGAGGACAGACUGCGGUUGCCACUCCAGGCCGGGCCAUGGACCCCCACGAAAUGGCGGUCAAGAACCCCUACACCCACAUCAGCAUCCCCCGGGCUCACCUGCGGCCGGACCUGGAGCAGCAGCUGGGGGCAGCCCCCUGCUCCUCAGAGCUGCAGCCUCUGUCUGGGGGUGCCUGCGCCCUGGAGCCUGGCCGCCUCCUGCAGCCCAUCGAGGGGGCCAAGGGCGCCAAGGGGGCCAAGGGGGCCGCCCCUGUCCAGGGCCAGCUGUCCUGGCAGCAGCCUGGCAACCCCUACUGCAGCGGGCGCCCGGCGGGACUGACCUACAGUGGCCUGCCGCCCAUCGGGCGCGGCGACGACAUCGCCCACCACUGCUGCUGCUGCCCCUGCUGCUCCUGCUGCCACUGCCCGCGCUUCUGCCGCUGCCACAGCUGCUGCUGCGUCGUCUCCUAGCCGGCCCGUCCCGGGCUGCGGCCGGACUCUGCUCCAGCGGCCCUGGCAGCGCAUGGACAUUUGAGGCACCCGCUGGGCCAUCGACAUGGGUGCCGGCCACCUCCCACUCUAGACAGGGACACCUGCGUGCCACCCAGGCCAGCAGCUCAGCUCGGGCCUCUGGAAAGGGGGCCCUGGGCGCUGGCGUGUGGCAGCCGGGUACCCCCCGACCCCUCCCUCAAGGCCCGAGCCGGGUAAUAAAGCAGAGUGCGCUUU